CUGAUGGUUUUGUUAAAGUUUUUUUUUUAGUCUGUACCCAGUGCUUAUUGUAAAAUGAAGUUUUAAAUGAUUGUAAAAUUUAAUUUAGUUAUUUCUGUUAUUGAAUAUGUUCUUCUCUUCAUCACAAAUAACAGGAAUCCACUAGAUAAGUUUUAUAUAUAUGGCAACCAUACAUUUUAGAAUUCUGAUUCUGAUUUUGUAGGGUUUUUGGUUGUAUAAUUUUUGAUCAUGGAGACCAUUGAAGAUUGCAAACCUGGCUGUGCUCUUAAAUGUCUUCGAAAUGUUGAAGAUAUUUCUGACAGUAUCCAUCCACUUAAAUACGGAAUGGUAUGUAAAUACUAAAUGCAUUUAGGAUAUUAUAUUAUUAUAACAGGUAUACAAAGUCAUUUAUUUUAUAAUUAUUGAAUAUGAGAUAUUUUACAAUUUUGGGUUGAAUGUUAGUUUUUGGUAAAAGAAAAUAAAUGUCAACAUGUUGAAAAAACAUUGUAUAACAUAUGUUUGGGUACCCGUCCAGACAAUUUAUGUGUGAACCAAUUUUGGAUUUUUUUUCUACUACUUUUCAAUAAUACUCCAUGACCAAGACUAGGUAUUUAUAAUUUGUACACAAGUAUAAUUAAUUAUUUUUAAGAUAAAUUUUAAUUAUAUUUGUAACAAAAGUAUGAUUUCAUUUAAAAUCCCUCACCUGUAAAUUUGGUCCACCCUUUGGCCUUGCCUGUAGCUUUUGGGUAUUGGAAACAAUGCUGAAAUAUUGAAAAGUGUCUUAUGUAAUAUUUGUUCAGGUAUUUAAUCAGAAAAUUAAUAUGCAAUUGGAUCUUUUAUUUUUUUAACGUUUUUCUUAACUUGCAAUACUUGAUCCUGCAGCUCUCAAAGAGGGAUUUAAAUAGUUUAAGAAGUUUCAUUUAUUUUAUUUUUUUUGUACUUAUGUCAAUAAAAAACAAUAUUUCAAUACAAUUCAUUGUUUAUUUUUAGAAUACUAUUGGAAGAGGUUUAUCUAAUGAUGUUGUACUAAAAAAUUUGAAUGUAUCAAGAAUUCACUGUCAUUUACGAGUAGAAAAACAAGGAUCUAUUGAUAUUGCAUUUAUCAAGGAUUUGGGUGUAAGAAUUAUUACUAACAUUUUUGUAAUAUUAGAUGUACAUAUAAAUCACAACAAUAUACAGAUAAAUGGUUGAUUUUGUUCAUUGUAACAUUGUUUAAAAACUCAUAAAUGAUGAAACAAUAUAAUAUGUAAAAUAUUAAAUAAUAUUGGUGUAAUUUUAAUAAGAAUGAUUUAAAUUGUAAACAUUUCUUAUCAAAUUUUAAAUACCUUAUUCUUAUAAAAAUAUGCAUUUACAUAUUAUUAUUGUGCAACACAUUAAAAUAGAUAUAAAUAUAAAAUAAAUAAAUUAAUGAAUAUGUCAUUCAUGGGGUAUUAUAAGUAUAUUUCAAAUUAAAAAUUGAUCACAGUCAAAAUGUAAAAUUAUUUUUAUACAUACAUUUUUUAUUUAUAUAUUUAUUUUCUUUAUUCAUUUAUUUAUGUUUAAUAGAAUUGAACUUUCAUAUUUUCUAAACUAUGUCUAGGAUAUGACAGAUUUAUAUUGCUUGACAGCAAAGCUAAAUCUGACCAAUAUGUAAUCAUGUUAUUCUUUAUUAUAGUUUAGUAAUUGUAGCUCAAUUAGAAGGCCCUCAUCAUCAGUAGAUUUGGUUUAAUGUAGUUUUUAAAUUAGAGAACCAACUGGCAAGUGUAUUAUAUCAGUCACAGUAUAUAUAGAUUAACGCUUUCAGGACAACACAUUGAAAAAAUAAAAAAACAAUUUUUGGAUUCUCUUUUUGUAUCUUUUUCUAAGAAAGAUUGUGAAGAAAAAAAAUAUAUACAUUUGUUUUAUCCUUCCGUUUCAUCCAGGGAUUCAUGAGUCCCGUCAGUUCUCUAUAGUUUGGACUUAAAAGUCCCGUCAGUCAUCUAGGAUAAUUUUUUUUUCACAUAUAAACAACGUAAAAAUAAAGAUUUAAUUAAUGAUUUUUUUAUUUAAAUAUAAAAUAAAAAAUACAAACAAAUUUUUGAUAAUAUUAUUAUUUAAAUUUAAUUAUUAUUAUGUUUUUUAAACUUUGUGAUAUUCUCUGAAACAGUUUUUUUUUGUUCACUUACAAGUGGAUAUUGCAAUGCGAAUACUUUGAAUGUGGACAAGUUCCUUAAUUAUUUGAGGUGCAUAUCUCGCAAUGUCUUCGUUCGUCCACAAAAGUUGACCAGUGUGUACACCCUUUGGCAAUGAAAGUGUGUUUUUCCCCUAUUAACAUUUUUUCCAAUUUGAGUAGAUAUUUUGUUGAUUAUUGUGUAAGUAAAUCUUGAACAACAGUUCUCCUACACUCCAUAACCGAUAUUUUUUUAAAGAGUGAACAGAUAUAGUAGAUCACAUAUGGGUUGACAAAUCUGAUAUCGAGUAGCCUAAAAAAGUUUGUACUACCAUUUACGGGACAUACUUUCUAUGUGUCUGCAUCUAUGAUAUCUGUGUGAUCCAUCCCACCCAUGUACUUAUUAUAGCCUGACUGAAACUGGACAUUUUAAAGCAACUAAUUGCCAAUUUUUUUUUUUUUCAAUUUACUUUUUGUAGUUCAGUUUAUUUUAUUUUUAUAUUAUUUUUUGUACAAAACUGUCAAAAAAAAAAUUUUAAAUUAUUAAAAUUUAUCGUUAUUAAUAUGAUGCCUGACUGGACUUCAAAGUUCUGAACAGUAAAAAGUGCAUAAUAUGUAACUUAAUAUAUCCAGAAUGUUUAAAAAGUAAAAAAAAAAAAAAACCAUUAUUUGCUAUAUGUAUAAGUUUAAAAAUUUACAUGCUUUAACUUAAUUAAUUCAGCUUAUUCAAAUAUGUAAAUGUAGGUAAUGACAGCACAUGUAUUAACAGAACUUGCAUAAAAAUAAUUAUGUAGGAAAUUAUAACAACAAUCAUUUUUUCUUCCAUGAUAACUUUUUCCAAUAAAGUUUUCAUGGUACGUAGACGGGACUUCUGUCAGUCAUUAACAAUGCUUUAAUAUAAUUGUAUACAUUUAGAUAAUUCAUUUUUUGGAGUAGACUUUUAAGUCCUGACAAGAAAAUUUUGUAUUACUUUACUAUUGUUGUAAAAUUUAAUAGCAAGAUCAAUAGUGCUAGUAGCACCUCCCCAUUUAUCAAAAAAAAAAAAAAUAAUAAUAAUAAUUAAUACUAUUUUAUUUUUAGACAUCAAAUGGAACUAUUGUAGGCAAUAUAAAUUUAUUAGAAAAUAAAGAACAUCAAUUGAAUGACUUGGAUAUGAUUGUUUUAGCGAGUGGUGAUGAAGGAGUAGUUUUACAAUUUAUUAAUCAAAUAGAUCGAACUAUUGAUUUUUCAAAUUUAUAUGUAAGUGUUAAUUAUUAUAUUUAAUAAAUAUUAUAAAUUAUUGAAGUAUAUAUUUAAGUUAUUAUUUAUUUAAUAUAGAUAAAUCAAAUGAAUAAUAAAAGAAAAAUACCAUCUGUAGAAAAUUUGGAUGAACUAACUGCUGUAAAAGUACCAAGACUAGGUAAAUUGUCGUUAGAAUUUAUUACCUCUAAUAAUCUAAACCUGUAUUUAAUAAUUAUGUGAUUAUUAUGUAUAUUGGAUUAGAAUCUGGAUAAGAUCCAGUCAGUUCUUAUUUUCAUGUUGGUCCUAAGAAGUCAAGUUAAAGAAAUAAUAAAUAUACCAUAGUCUAUUUAAUUUAUAUUUCAUACUUUAUCCAGUGUUAUAUUAUAAAUAUUAGAAACUGCAUAUCAGGGUUUUUCAACAUUUGGAAAGCAAAUAAUUUAAUUGGUUUGCUCCAUAAUUUUAGAAGUUGAGAAAUGAAUGUUUUAAAAAUUAAAAACAAGAAAAAGGUGAAAGGACUAUAAAAAGGAAAAACAACUCUUCUCUACAUUAUAUUUAUUGAUUAAUAUGAUAACACAAAAUAAAAUUCCAUUUAUGGAUUAUAUAGUGUACUAUAAUAUUUAAUAAAUACAUAUUAUUUGGGUGAUCUUUAUUUUAUAGAUGAAGUAAAAAAAGUUGGAUAACAAUGAUUGAACACCCACUUAUUUUAUUUUUUAACAAGAGAGCAAUUUUGUGCUGUAAAGGGUUCAAAAAUAACUAAAAGGUGGUAGAUUAACAAUUUUUCAAAUUUAAUUUAGAAAACUAGCACUUACAUAAAAAUGUACUGGAUCUUUAAUAUAGAACAAUACAGUUAUGUAUAAAAAAGACAGACAUACUUCCCACGUGGGUGGGCCAUUGUUGUAGGUAAGAAGUUGGGAAAGAAAAGGGGAAAUUUAAUGUAUAUAUUCUGUACACAACAAUUAACCAUUGCUAACGAAAAAACGAUUCUGAGUAAAGUUCGUUUAAUAGUGUUGUUUUGUCAACAAUAUGCAGGGUGAUUCACUAAGUGUGCUCACUCUUUUUUUUUUUUUUUAAUUUUGCAUGUAUUCAAAUUCUAAUUUUUGGAAUUUUUAAGUGUAUUUAUAGCUAAUGUUUUCAAAUACUUAGAUUUUUCACAACAUUUAAGGAAUAUCCAGUGGCAAUACCACUUUUUAUUUCUCAAAUGAGAACCUUUAUUUAAAAUUUCUUAAAUAGACCAAGUAUUACUUUAAAUAAAUGUUGGUGUCAAGUGAAAUAUCUUGUCAACCGGUUGAUGGAAUUCAUAAAUGUUAACACCAACAUUUAUUUAAAUUAAUCUAACUCCAUCUAUUUAUGGAAUUUUUAAUAAAGGUUCUCAUUUUAAAUACCAAAGUUGGUAACGUCACAGGAUACUCUUUAAUUGUUGUGAAAAAUCAGAAUUUGAAUAUAUGCAAAAUAAUCAAUAAAAUGAGCUGAACAUACUUAGUGAAUCACUCUAUAUAUAUGUCAUAUUAUUGUAAAAUAAUCGCAUAUGCAUUAUAAAUUUUCUUUAAUAAUAUUUGUUUAAUAUUGUACCUAUUUUCCCGGUUUUUCUUAUGUUUUAGGGCACAAAAUAAAGUCAACAACUUCAAUUGUAUUACCUACUUAUUAUUAUUUAAUUAUAAUUCUUUAAUAUGGUUUAAAUGAAUCUUUUCAGUUCCAAAUGGUCCGGAUAUUUUUAAGAAACCAUUAUUAAAUGAAAGUACAUUUCUAUCAAGCAAACCAAAUGACUCACCUUAUGUUACUAACAAUUUACAAUACAUAAAUUUAAAUCAACCAUCUACAUCAAGUAAUAUUGUACACCCUAUAAAAGAUGAUAAUUGUAAAAUUUCAGUAGCUGAUGUAGGUGAAGUCUUAUUAAAUAAUGUACAACCGUCCUCUUCUAAUUGUACUAUAAUUACUCCUGUUGAAAUAAAAACAGAACCAAAUAUUUCACAAAUUCAAUUUAGUCAAGGAACAUAUCGCAGUGAAGAAGAUAGUGUUAUUGUUAUUUAUUCGUCAGAUGAAGAAAACAAUGUAAUAGAUAAUAAUUCUGAACAACAUAAAAUAAUUAAAAUUGAACAUGAUGAGGAAAUUAAUUCUAAAAGUUCCACAGAAAAUGCAUAUCCAUCUACAUCAAAAGUAGAAAAUAAUCUUAACAGUCUAGAAUGGGAAAAUGAAUGUUAUGAAAUUUUAAGUGAUGAUGGAGAAGAUUUAAUUGAUAGGCCAUCCAAGUUGAACUCUAAAAAUGAUACUUCGAUGAGUGUAAAUGAUGUUGACUCUAAUAGUAAAAUGCCACAAAUUAUUGAACCUCUUCCAUUGAAACCUAAUAUAAAGAAAGGACAAUCACACAUACCUGAAAAUGAAAAUAUAAUAAAAACACGAGCUAAAUCAGAAAAAAAAUCCAUUAAUAAAAAGAAAGCGGAAAAAAUGACUGUAGAUCAAAAUAAACAAAUUAUUGAAACGAGACGAAAUAAACUUAAAGCACUUGCUAAUAAUAAUUUUAAAUCAAAUUCCACUAACAUAAAUACAUUAAUUGAUGAUCAAUCAAUUACUGAUGAUACAAUUGAUAAACCCUCAACAACUGAUAUUUUAAACAGAAAAACUAGAAAAUCAAGAUUUCCACAAAUUAAUAAUAAUAAUAACUGUAAGCCAAGCACAUCCAAAGCUAAUUUAACUACAGAACCAAAAAAAAAUGAACAAUUAAAUAUUCAAAAAAAAGUCACAUUUAAUUCCCAACAAGUGUUAUCAUUAAAACCAGAUAAUCAACUAGUAAAAAAUGUGUCCUUAAAUUGUAACAAUAUGGAUUCUUCAUCUACAAGUAUGACUAGUCAGGUUAAUUUUUCAUUUUAUGAUACACUUAGUAGAAUUUGUAAGUGGAAUGCAGUGUGGUUAUAUGUAAGUUAUUUUUUGUUGAUGUUAUGGUAACUUAACAGGUGCGUACUGGCCCAUUAUUUUUCAAUGAAUGUUUGUCAUUAUGGCUCUUAAGUUAUUCACGUUUAUUCACUUUUUUUCUACUCCUAUUUUUUCAAAUUUUAGCUUUGUGAUUUUUGUUGGUACUUAAAGUGAGCCCCAUUUAACUAUUUCUCAGUAUAAAAAUGAAACCCAGUAUGUGCCUGUAACUUCAUAUUAAAUAUUUCAUAAUUUGUUUUUUUUUUUGUGUGUAUUAAGGAACAAAAAUUUACAAAUGGCACUCCACCAUUGGUAAAAUGUCUACAAAAAAUGAAAGGACAAUUUGAAAAUUCAUCUGAAUAUUCUGCUAUUAUAAAACCAUUGUUACUACAUGAAGUUUGGUCAAAUAUAAGUGAAUCGUACAAUAUGUUAAUUAGUAAAAAUCCUAGUUUGGAGAAAUGUUUUAUUGAGAAAACAUUAAAAAAGUAUGAAUUAUUAAUCAAUAUUUUAUGAAUAUUAAAUUGUGAAGUAUAGAAAAAGCAUAUAAUAAUAAUUUUUUUUAUUAUUGGUUUAUUAACAUUAAAAGGCAAUUUAAACAUGGUUAUACAAAUAAUAUAUUCAACUAAGUUACAAUAACUAAAAUAUUUUGUAUGCCUCCUUAAGUGAACGUAAUAUUCAUAUGUGCCUGUCUUUCUUACAAUUGUGUUUCUGCAAAUUGUGUUCAUCAAGGACAACAUUUAGUCGUUCGUUUUAUUUUUAUAGUGAAUUGACCUAUUAUCAAACUUAAAGAUUACAUUAAGAACAUUAACUGUUUAACUAUAGUGGUUUUUUUCUUCAAUAUUUUAAUUUUUAAGUGAAUUAUUUCAAUUUAAAAAUGCUUAUAUCUCACAUAAAAUUAAUUUAUCAUCCACUUGGUUUUUAAAAUAUGUUCAUACCGUGUAGCUAUAGAUUAUUUGGGAUGGAUAAAUGUUAAAUUAUUUAUAAUAGGCUGACAUGAAAAAAAGUGAUUCAGGAGUUGGAAAAAAAUGUUAAGUAAAUAUUUUACAAUAGUAGGAGGGAAGGUUGAACAUUUAUAUUAAAACUAACAGCACAAUGUUGUCUCUGCAGAACGCAAUGUUUUUAUGAUGUAUACAACACAUGUAGGUAUUAUGUCUUCUUAAGAUUUAAGUUUUCACAAAUAUUAUAGUAUUUAGUUAUAUGCCCAUUUACUUAUCUUAAUAAGUAUAUUUUUCUAUGUGAAGAAAGUAUACUACUGGAAUUUCUACGUUAUUUUAAUACAUUAAUGAUUUAUUGUAUAUUUUAUACCACUUUUUUAAAACUAGUUUGCUGUUUUUUAUAGUUAAUCUAAAUGAAUAUCAUUUAUUUAUUCCUAUGUAUAUUUUUGUUUUAGUGAUAUACCUCUUCUUACAUUUAGUGUUCAAAGUGUCAAUACAGAAUUUUCUUCAUCUAUACCAGCAUUAAAACAUAUUAAAGAAGCAUUGUGGAGUAUAAAAUGUAUCGGUAAAUAUGUCUUUAUACUAUUAGAUUAUGUACUUUGUAAGAUUAUAUAACAAUUAUAAACAAAUAUUUAUAUUUUAUACUUUUAUGCUAAAUUUAAAAAAAAGUGCGUUUUUUUUACUAUAAAGUGUACCACUACAGAUAAAAGUAAAAGAUUGUUGUGCACAUUUAAUAAAUUGUAUGUAACAAGUACAGAUAAUUGCAUGGAUAAAUUGAACUGAAAUCAAUAUUAAAUUAAACUUUGUAUGUAAACUGUGUCAGUCGGACCCCAUUAAACCAGACUUCGUUUAAUCUAGACAACCGUUAAAUAAUGCGUAAACUAUGCAGUGUAUGUCGCAUACCAAAGUAAACGUGAAAACAAGUUCUACAAAUUCCCCAUAAAUGCAUGUUAUCAGGUUUAUUAUUUAUAAUUUAUAUAUGAUACAAAGUCUUAAAUCUAUAAUACAUGCACGAUUUUUUUUAGUCCUUGAAGCCUGUAAGCUUUUAAAUAAAAAAAAAAAAAAUACAUGGUAUUUGGUUAUUUUAUUAAAUCCGAAUUUUUGUUAAUUUGGACAACCUAGAGCCCAAAAUUAGUCCAGAUUAAUGAAGUUCUUUAGUAAAAUAUUAUAAAAUAUAAUGCUUAUAUAGUUAAUAAUAAACAAUAUUCUACAAUUUUUUUUUUCUAACAGGUUUUGUGUUAGUGGGAAAAAAUUAAAUUUUUAUUUUCAUCCCUUAAUCUCAAAAAAAAAAAUUAAUAAAAAAGCCAUUUUGUAUAAAUAUUAUUUUUAAAAAAAAGAGCAGAUACUGCUGAUGGGUACAUCAAUGUUGUUGGUGGGAAGUUGGGAAGGUAGUAUACUAUAGGUUAUUAAAUUUAUGUCUGUAAACAUCAAUUAACCAUUGCCACUGAAAAAUGAUUCAGUUUGUUUAUACAUUAAAAGGCAAUAAUAUUUACAAUUUACAUUAAAAUGUUAUCAUAAAAAAUCAUUAUAAAUAAAAAAAAUAACUAUAUUACACUCAACUUUUUUUUUACCACUUAGUACAACUUAUAAUGAACCUACUGUUGGAUUUUUAAGUUGGUUAGACAAUUUUAUAAUAAGGUGAUAAUAACAAUUGAGUUUUAAAUACUAAUAGAAUUACUAAAUUUUAUAAACAUUCAGAAAAUGUUUGUUGAUCUUCAGAAAUUGUAGGUGGUGCACCAUAGCAUGCCACUGGAAGUAUAUAAACCUAUUUUUAUGUUUAAAGAAAUUUGAGAAGAUUGUUAAGAAAUAAAGAAUUUAAUGUAAAUUUAUUUGUUUUUCUUAGAAACAAAAGGGCAGAAUAGAAGAAUUUUAACAGAAUCCAGAUUUUCACUAAAAGGAUGUUUAUGCAUUGUUGUAAUACCGUCAAAGCACUUCAGUACAGAUACUAUUCCAGUGAAAAAGCCUACAAAAUCUCGAAAUAUAUUUUUUGCUUAUGUUAAUACUACAAGAAAAAUUGGUAAACAAUUGUUAUUGCACAAUAUUAAAUUAUUUAUUAUGUUUUUUUAUUUAGGUUACCAAUUAUGCAUAGAUCUUAUUGUUACUCGAAAAACUGAACAAAUUCCUAAUGGAACUCCUAUUCAUUUGAUGGUAAAAAAUACUUUAAACUUAUGCAUUAAAUUUUUAAUAAGAAUCAUUGUUUAUAUUGAUUUUUAAGUUCUAAGAUUAUGUUUAACAUGUAUAUUAUUGUUGUAAAUAUACUGCAAGCCACGCGAGAACGCAUAUUGAAGUGCUCUUACAGUAUACAAUGUGUUUGAAUGGAAGCCAGUUGAUUAUGUUUUGUAAGGGGAAUGUGCUAAAAUAUUUGAAUUUCGGUCUCUCGUGGUCCACAGUAUACAAUGACACAUUCUUCUUUUCCUUCCCCUUCAUCUCAACUUUUGGAAUAUUCAAUUUAUUAUAUUACAUUGUCUUUGUUAUAUACAAAUUUAUUUCAGAUAUUAUAUAUAACUAAGACACAAAAAUAUUAGCAUUCUCAUAUUAUUAUUGUAGACGCUUAAAACAUUCAAAGUAAGAAAAAAAAUUGUUUCAUAUUUUAUUGAUGUCAUGUGCAGAAUUUUCCGUUGUUAUUUUUUAAAUUUAUAAAGUUAUUUUACUAAUUUAGCUAUUACACUUUGAUUUUCAAAUAGUACAACUAAACGUAUCCACAAAAGGUAGCCGUAUUAGAUUGUUAUCUUCGAUUUUAUCGGACAAUUCUGUUCAUUUUCAAUAAUUUGGUUAUUUUUAAAAUUGUGUUGAGUAACAUUGUACUGCAUUAUUAUCUCACAAUUUUAUUUUGCAUAUUUUACAAAUGUUAGUGUUUGUUUUGGUGAUUUUAGGCGCAUAUUAAAGCACUAACAAAUCACUGUUUUAAUGCUACUUUUGAGCCCUGGUUAUAACUAUAAAUGGAGAGUUUACAACCAUUAUGAUAUUGAAACUCAUUAUUUAUUUUACUUGAAUAAUAACAAUUUACUGGUAUUUACCUUUCAGAUAAACUUUAAACUAAAUAAGCUUUAUUUUAAUUUUUCUUAAUUAUUGAGUACAUUUAUAAGAAUAGUGUAUAAUAUCAAAACAUAAAUACAAACCGAAUAUUAUAUAGUACAGUGAAUUUUAAUUUUUAUACUGUUAUAUUCUCUUAGAUGAAAAUUAAAUUUUUAGCUUUUUUUUUUUUUUUUUUUUAAGGCCUUUGAGACCAUCUUGCCAUAGAACAAAUCCUUCCCCAUUCUUCUCUAUUCUCCUAUUCUCUGCUACCUCCUUCCAAUCCAUGUGAUUAUAUUCCACUCCACCAGCACUUAGGAAAUCUUUUUUAAUUCCAUCUUCCCAGCGUAGCCUUGGUCUACCCAGUGGUCUUUUUUUCCUUGGGUUUUCUUGGAGUACCCUUUGAACCAUUGAAUCUUGCUUCCUAACUGCGUGGCCUGCCCAUUCCAGCUUACUCCGCUNAAGUACUGGCGACAAGGCAUCCCCCUGUCUAAGUCCGGUUCUUACCUCCACCAUCCUCGAUGUCGCGUUUCCUACUUUGACUUUGACUUUAGUCUGUCUUAAACUAGCUUCAACUAAAUGAACUAUUUUCCUUGGGAAGUGGAAAUGCUUCAAAAUUUCGGUUAUGUUAGUUCUAUCUAUACUGUCAUAUGCCUUUUGAAAAUCAAUGAAGAUAGCAUGGAGUUCCUUAUUAUAUUCCCAGCUCUUCUUGAAUAACUGCCUGACUAUAAAUAUCUGGUCUGUCGUUGACCUAUUUUGCCUGAAUCCACAUUGAUAGUCCCCCCCCCCCACUUGUUCGGCCAGAGGUNCUUUAGUCUGUCUUAAACUAGCUUCAACUAAAUGAACUAUUUUCCUUGGGAAGUGGAAAUGCUUCAAAAUUUCGGUUAUGUUAGUUCUAUCUAUACUGUCAUAUGCCUUUUGAAAAUCAACGAAGAUAGCAUGGAGUUCCUUAUUAUAUUCCCAGCUCUUUUGGAAUAACUGCCUGACUUUAAAUAUCUGGUCUGUCGUUGACCUAUUUUGCCUGAAUCCACAUUGAUAGUCUCCCACCACUUGUUCGGCCAGAGGUUUAAUUCUAUCCAGGAUGCAAUAUGAUAAUACCUUAUAUGUUGUAUCUAGCAACGCUAUUCCUCUAUAGUUACUACAGACUUGUUUGUCGCCUUUUUUGUGUAUUGGGCAUAUAUAUGCUACUCUCCAAUCUGUCGGUAAAAUUUCCGUCUCCUACACUUCUUUUAUUAACAAGUAUAUAUUCUCUAUCAUGAAGCUGUCCGCAUGCUUUAGAAUUUCCCCUUGAAGGUCAUCUUCCCCGGGUGACUUGUGGUUUUUGAGUCUUUUGAUCUGUUGUUCGAUUUCUUCCUUUGACGGGGGUGGGCAGGGGUCAUCAUUGGGUUCGUUUUGUCCAUAUGUAAAUGUAUCAACUGGUACUUCACAAUUGAGUAGCUUUUCAAAGUAUUCUGCCCAUUUCUCCAUUAUUUCUUCCUGGUUCGUCACUAGGCUUCCACAGUCAUUUUUCAGAAAUUUUUCUUGUUUUCUACAUCCGCCUUUAAAGCUAUUUACCUUGUGAUAUAGCUGCCGUGUAUUGUGUGAUCUGUAAUCUUGUUCUGCCUCCCUUAUUACAUUUUGAACAUACUUUCUCUUUUCACAUCUAAAAAUGUUAUGGGCUUCUUUCCUUUUAGCUCUAAAGAUUCUUUCUAUUUCCUGGUUGCUAGCAUCAUUUAGCCAUCUUUCUCUUGCUAUUUUCCUUCUUUUCAGGGCUUCUUGGCAUAUCACAUUAAACCAUGGUUUCUUCGUUCUAUGAGCUUUCCUUAAAACUUUCUCCGACACAUUUCCAAGGGUAUGUUUAAUUAUUUUCCAUUGCUCAUCUACUGUUUCAUGAUUUGAGUUAAAUUCUCGCGCCAUUUUCUGUAAGUUCUCUUGAAACUCUUUAGCUUUCCUACUAUCCCUGAAUUUCUCAACAUCAUACCUGACAAUUUCCGGUCUCACAUUCCUACUCGUUGUUUUUAGCUUAACCCUAAGUUUGCUAGCUACUAGGAAAUGGUCAGAGUCGCAGUCAGCUCCUCUGUAUGUUCUCACAUCCAUUAUGUUAUUGGCAAAUCUCUCAUUUAUUAAUAUAUGGUCUAUUUGGUUUACGUGCCUACCAUCAGGCGACACCCACGUCCCUUUAUGUAUGUUCUUAUGCGGGAACAUUGUACUCUUGACUUUAAGACCUUUCCCUACAGCCAGAUCCACAAUUUUUGUGCCAUUAAAUUUUUAGCUAUCCCUAAAUAUAUUUUAUGCUACAAAACCUGAAUUUUUAUAUUUUUCGUGAUCUUAAAUAAUUAUUUGGUGAUCUCCAGGUUAAGAAUUAUUGAUAUAAUCUCUAUAAUUUAAAUUUAAUUAAAGUAAUAUUAUCUCUCUGUGUGAAAGGACCAGAAUACUCCCACCGUAUAUCUAAACUAAACCUGUCGUUAGAGGUAACAAAUAAAAUUUUGUCAGGUGGACAACUGAUGUAACAUUUUUUAAGUUUAAUGAAUUACCCGUAUUUAUUAUAUUUAUAGUUAAUAGACAUUGAAAUUUGACUUAUCUUGGUUAUUAAUUAUAACAUUUUUAGGAUAUAUUUUAUUUACAUUCAGAACUGCGUUUAUUUCAAGCUAUAGAUAAUAUAACAACAUCUCCACUAAAAAAUGCACUUAUCACUCCGCAAUUGCAUAACUACACCAUUGAUUAUUCAAAAGUCAAUUUAAAAAAAUACAAUGUAAAUGUAAGUAAUUUAGAUCUUAGCAUCUAUCAUUAAUAUAGAUGAUAAAUUUUGUAAUACUUUGAUUUAGAGUUUAACGUUAAACAAUAGUCAAAAGGAAGCAGUUGAAAUGGCUGUAUCAAUUUGUUCAUCAAGAGAACCAAAUAUAGGUUUGAUAAUUGGACCUCCUGGUACAGGCAAAACAAAUGUUAUCUGUAAUAUUGUUUUAACUGUAAUAUCCAAACUACGUACAGAGAUUAAUGUUAAACCUAAAUUUCUUGUAUGUGCACCUUCAAAUGAAGCUGUUGAUACCAUAGUUAGACAAUUAGUUGAGAUUAAGAAUGAAAUACAAAGUGAGUUUAUUUGAUUUACACUUUAUAGCUUAGAUAAACGAUUCCCAAACUAUGGUUUGCGAAAAAACUCGUAAGUAAUAUGCGAAGAUAUUUUUUGAUAAAGAAAAAAAAAUUAUUAGUUAAAAAGGAAGUUCAUCAGUGUAUAAAUAAUAAUAAAAAGAGCUGGUACUACUUUUAAGUGCGCAGCUGUUGUAGAUGGGAAGUUAUUAUUUUAAGUUAAGACAAAACACGACUGAGUGAAAUUCAGUUGUUUUUAAAUGUUUUUAAAUGCUGUAAUAUUUACAAUAGUCUUCAAAUUUUGAACAAAAAAACUACUACAUUACACUCUACUUAUGUUUUAUCACUAAGUACAAGUUAAAAUGAACGUCGUGUUAAAUGUCCAAGCAUUUUUGUUUAGUCAAAAAAUUGUAUCCACAUAUUAUUACCUACAAAAUAAAAAACACUUAAAUAAAAAUAUCUAUAUAUAGCUCAAAAAUCACCAAAAUAUUCUUUAAAAUGUUACCAUGUCAAAAAAACCCAAAUAUAAGUAUUCCUUAAAAAGUUUAAGUCUACUCAUUUUAACCUAAAUUGCAACAAAAAAACAAAAUUGAAAAUAACGUAACAAUUUUAUCUAAAUUUUUUCAAUUAUUAAGAAAACUACACAAAAUAAAAUCAUAAAAAGACUUUCUUACUCACUAACUAGAUCCAAAAUGCACCGAAAAUAUCUCUUAUUGUUUUCAAUUGAAAAUUUGUCAGAGCAAUAUUUCUGGUAAAAAAAUGUUAAAAUAAUGAAAUUGUAAAUUUGUCAGUUUUCAUGUUAUGCCUUUUUCGGGUUUUUCUCAAUUAUGAAAGCUUCUAGGAAAAUGAAAUAAUGAUAUCCAUUCUCACCAAACAGACAUAAAAGCUCACCAAAAAGCUACAACAAAUGGCACUUGUUAUUCUCUGAUUGAAGUAAAAUUUCUGAUAGAUAACAUGAUUCGUAAAAAUUAAAAAUAAUGAAAUUGGUAACGUCGUGACUCGACAUAAAUAUUCAUCUGUUUUUCCUAUACAUUUUUUUCAGUUCUUUCCAAAUUUUUUGAAAACACUUUGUAAAAUCAAAAAAUUACCUCAAUGCGACAACUAGAUUUCAAAUGCAAUAAAAAAGAUUUCUCGUCAUUUUUUAAUUGUAGUAUGAUUUCUAGUAGAAAAGUUUCUCACAGGCCCCCCAAGAAAACACAUUGUAAAACUAAUAGAUACCUCCCUGUUACUCUCAGAAUGUAAAAUAAUAACUGUACAUUAGAGAGAACAAUUUUUAUUUUAUAAAAAAAAAUAUAAAGUUGAAUGUCUGAUAAUCAGGUUACCUAUAAUGACACAGUUUAUCUAUCAGACAUUCUAUUAUUGGUUAUUUAAGUUAUUUAAGAUUAGUAGUAUAGGAAGUAUAAAAAAAUUAUAUUUUUAAAUCUUUAAAUUAAGUAGUAAAUAACUCAUAGAAAUAAUAUACAGAAUACACUGUGACAGUGACUUAAUAAUAAUCGUACAUCACACAGAGUAUAAAUGUCUUUGUAUUAUAUUUAAUGUGUCUUUCAUAAUUUCUAAACAAAUUAAUCUAAGGUUUAUUUUACUAAACAUAUUAGUUUUGAAGAAGUUGCAUAUCAUUAAUUUUACUUUUGUACUUUAAACACUUAUAAUUAUGUAAGUUUAAUAAUAAAAGGCUCCAUACAUUUAAAAUAAUGUAUAUGUUACGAGUAAAUUAGGAAGUCGGGUUCAAUUUUCAAUUGAAAAGUUAGAAUAAAUUUACAUUGUUUGGGUUUGUGCCCAACUAGAUUUGGGCAUUGUAGAUUAAAAAUUGAAAAUAUUAAAAAUAAAAUAAAACAUCUUACUAGGUACUUUUUUAAACAUAAAACUUGCAAUAGUCUAUCCGUUGAAUUAUUUAAUUGUUAAUAAAAUGUAAUUUUGUUGAGUACAUAUUAGGUAUUAUAUUAUUUUUAUUUAUUAUUACAUACGCCACUAUUAUAGUAUUAUGGCACUUUGAGUUACAUGAUUAUCCAUUGUAUAAUUUGAUCAGAGCUGUAUAGUAUAUACAUUUUAUUAAUAUUAUAUAAUAUUUUGUUAAAUUUAUUUAGAUAAAUUACAAUUUAAUGUAGUAAGAGUUGGUGCUGGACAAAAAUAUGACUCACAUUCUCCUAUUGUUGAUGUACUACUGGAUAAUAUAGUAAAACAAAAAAUGAACUUUCCUUUACAUGAAGCUGAUGUAAGUUACAAAUGAAAAAUUAUGAUAUUAUGUUUUUGGCACUAGUUUUGUUAUGCUUAUCUUAUCAGAAAUAAUGAUGUAUUAUUAUUUUUAAUUUAAAACAUAACAAUUUCUGUAUUUUAAUGAAAAUUCUAAAUUAAGUUUAGAAUUUAAUUUUAACUGAUUAUUUUAAAUGUAUUACUAAAACUCCCAUAUUGUAAGUAUUCUUACUUCAUUCAGAAAGUAAAAUAUAUUGUUAAAUGUUAAUUAUUAAAUGGCUAUUACUUUUAAUUAGCAACAAGGAAAAUCAAAUACGUAUUUCCAAUUUAUGAAUAAGAGAGAUAUUGAAAAAGAUGUUCUUCAAAAUACUGAUAUUGUUGUGACAACAUUAAACUCCUGUUUUUCUCAAAGUAUGGAAGAUGCUUUUAUGCCUUCAAAAGUCAAGUAAAUAAAAUAUUUAUUUUUUUCUAUCAUAAAUAUUACAUACAUUAUAUUGAUUAAUCUUCUUAUAAUAGGGCAUUGAACAGUUGCCAUUUUACUGCUUGUAUAGUAGAUGAAGCUGGACAAUGUGUAGAACCUCUUAAUUGUGUCCCACUAAUACUUGGGAUUGACAAAUUAAUUUUGGUUGGAGAUGAUAAACAGCUUCAACCAUUAAUAAAAAGCAAAGUCAGUAAAUUAAUUAGAAAUACAAUAAACUUAAUAAUUACAUAUAUAGGAUAGUGUGAAUUUUACAAUUUAAAUUUUAUUAACAAAUUAUUUUUUUCUGAUACUUCUAGAAUUAAUUUUCAAACCUAUUAGAUUUUUGAAGUGUAUAGGGAAUUUUUUUUUUAAAUUGAAUUAAUUUUCUUUUAUUUUAGGUAGCCAAAGAUCAUGGCCUUGGUAUUUCUCUGUUCAAACGACUUAAAACAUGGUUUGAACAAAAGCGAUAUACACGAAAAAAUAAACCGAUAACAAUGUUAGAUACACAAUACAGGAUGCAUAAUGAAAUUUGUUUGUUUCCCUCGUUAUAUUUUUACGGUGGUAAAAUGAAAUCUGCCGAAUCUGUCAGUACCAGAAUGGAUUUAUCAUUUCAACCAUAUAUUAUACUAGAACAUGAAAGCCGACAAGAUAAUUCAGGGUACAAUUAAAACAUAUGUUUUCAAUAGAUUUCCUAUAAAUUAUGUAUUCAAAUGUUUUUUAGUGAGUUAAAUAAUGAUGAAGCACUUAUGGUUGUGAGCUUGGUAGAAAUUGUUUUGAACUCAGACUGUAAUUCAUUAACUAUUGCAAUUUUAACACCUUACCAUAAACAGAGAGAACACAUAAAUAUGUUAUUAGAACGCAAGUAAGACAAAAUAUUUUAAAUUUAUGUAUUGCUUAUUGAAAAAAAAAAUGUUUUGAAAGGGGGAUAUCAAUAAAUGUCAAUACGGUAGAUUCAUUUCAAGGUGGUGAAUGUGAUAUAUUAUUGAUAUCUACAGUUCGUACUACCGGAGUAGGUUUUAUGGAUGAUAUUUGUCGCUUAAAUGUAGCUUUGACACGUGCCAAGCAAUCAUUAAUUAUUUGUGGGAACUUCAUGUCAUUGAAAGUGAGUUAUCUUUUUUCUUAUUUUCAUUUUUAAUUCAAUUUAUUUUUUUUAUUUAUUCUAUUUAUACAUUUAUAAAAGGGAGAACGAGUAUGGUGCGACUUAUUAGACAAUGCAAAGAAACGUAAAUUAAUAAAAAAAGUAUCAAAAAAAAGUAUGACAAAUUCUAGGGCUUUACUUGCUAUGAUAAAAUAUUGAUCUAUAUUUAAUAUGUAUUAUGAUUAUAUAUAAUAAUACUGGUCAUUUAUUUUACUUUUAUUUUUAAUUAUGUUUACAAUAUUUUAUUAAUUUCGAAUGAAAUUUUAUAUAAGACUUAUAAACAUUCUAUCAAAUUUAUUAUAUUUGGUAAAUACUUAAAUAUUAUAAUAAUUAGUAAUUACUUUAUGAAAAAUAUACUUAAAGAAAUAUUUUAUGUUUAGUUAUUAUUCCAAUUGUAGAUACAUUUUUUUUAAAAAUAUUAUAUAUAGGUUAUACACUUUUAUUUAUUUACUUUAUUUAACACCUCAAAAUGGUAAUGAGUACAGAUAAUAUUACCUAAAUUAUUUAAAUAAACUAUUUAAAACUAUUGAUUUUAAAUCAUUUUAAUUAUUCAAUACUCUUUAAUCUGACUAGCAAAUCAAAACAAAAAUCAAAGUAUGAUACAUUGUUAUCAUGAACCAAAAUUUGGUA